CUCAUGAGUGCGGUAACACUUUAUUGACUGCACCAUUGUUCGGUGCUACUUUUGAUAUCUUAAAUGCCUGUUUCAGUAUCUAUUAGGAUCUACUAUCGCCAUCUUUUUCUCUGUGAGGACCAGACUCUCUUUUUUCCCAAUCAAUUCUAAAUUUCCAGUUCGAUUCUAUUCUAGCACGCUUUCUUGAAAAUCAUCAUUCCUUUAACUAUUUCUCUCAAUCACAUUCAAAACCUUUCAAAUUGCACGCAUUCACUCAUCUCCUAUAAUUCCCAUUUCAUUACAUCUUAAUUUGAUAUUUCUUUUCUUCUUCUACUCCUCUUUUUAGAUCUUUUUCAAUCUUCAGUGAACAGAUCAUGCUGAUGGCUUUCCCAACAAGAGAAGAAUUAACCUUCUUUUCUUCUUCCACUUGCCAAUGGAGCCAUGAUAUCUUCUUGAGUUUUCGAGGUGUAGACACACGUUAUGGUUUUACCGGAAAUUUAUACAACGCUUUGUGUAACUAUGGCUUAAACACCUUCUUUGAUAUCAAUCUUGAGAGGGGAGAGGAAAUUUCAAAGGAACUUCUUAAAACCAUUGAACUGUCAAUGAUUUCGAUCGUUGUAUUGUCUGAAAAUUAUGCAUCUUCUUCUUGGUGUUUGGAUGAACUUGUCAAGAUUCUUGAGUGUAAAAAUACUGGACGGAUCCGAAAGGUUUAUCCAAUUUUCUACAAAGUGACUCCAUCUGAAGUUAGAAACAAUGAGGGAAAGUUUGGGAUAGCACUAGAUAACCAUGAGAAAAAAUUCAAAGACAACAUGGAGAAGGUUAAGAGAUGGAAGGAAGCUUUAACUGAAGUAACUAAAUUGGCUGGAUAUGAAUACAAAAAUGGUGAGUAUGAAUUUGAAUUUAUCCAAAGAAUUAUUGAAGAGAUAUCAAUUAUUAAAUCAAUUCACAUAAAAUUACCUAUUGCUAAAUAUCCAGUUGAAGUAGAUUCUCAAGCAAAAGCCAUAGAAUCGCUUUUAGAUGUGGAGUCCAAUGGUGUUUUCAUGGUAGGAAUCUAUGGUCUUGGGGGAGUGGGUAAGACUACAAUCUCAAAAGCCGUUUAUAAUAGAAUUAAUGAUCGUUUUGAAGGAAGCUGCUUUCUAGAAAACGUUAGAGAAAAUUCAAAGACAGAUGCUGGCAUUAUCCAAUUACAAGAGACACUACUUUCUAAGAUCUUACGAAGUAGAUUUGUUAAGGUGAGUAGUGUACUUGAAGGAAUCACUAUGAUAAAAGAAAGGUUCUGCAAUAAGAAAGUUCUUUUAAUUCUUGAUGAUGUGGAUCAAUCAAAAGAGAUAGAAAAGUUGCUUGGAUAUUGUAACUGGCUUGCUUCAGGAAGUAGAGUCAUCAUAACAACAAGAGACAGAAACGUUCUACCCAAUCUUGGAAGAGAUCCUCAAAUAAGAACUUAUGAGGUUCAAAAAAUGAAUCCACGCGAUGCUCGUGUUCUUUUCAAUAUGCACGCCUUUGGAAACAAUAAUCCUAAGCAAGGAUAUUCAAAUCUUGUAGAGCAAAUUAUGUCUUAUGUCGAUGGCCUUCCAUUAGCUCUAGUAAUAAUGGGUUCUGAUUUGUAUGGCAAAAGUAUAGAUCACUGGACAUGUGCAAUCGAAAAGUAUAAGAAGAUUCCACAUGGAGAAAUUAUUAAUAAACUCAAGAUAAGUUAUGAUGGAUUGGAAAAAGGAGAAAGGGAUAUUUUUCUUGAUAUUGCAUGUUUUUUUAAGGGAUUUAAAAUGGAUGAAGUUGUGAAUAUAUUAGAUGCUUGCAAAUUAUCUUCAAGUUUGGGUAUUAAUAAACUUAUUGAAAAGUGUCUCAUAACUGUUGACAUAUGGGGCAUAUUGCGGAUGCAUGACUUGCUACAACAAAUGGGUAGAGAAAUCAUUGAACAAGAAUCUGAAGAGCUUGAAAAUCGUAGCAGGAUAUGGUGUUAUGAGGAUGCUUAUAAAUUGCUGACUGAAAACAUGGGGUCGAAUAAAAUUCGAGGCAUAAUGUGGAACUCACCUAUACCAAGAUUGGUGAAAUUGCAAGCUAAUGCUUUCAAAAAUAUGAGAAAUCUCAAAUUUCUCUUAGUUGAGAAUGUACGAAUUUCUAAAGCGCUUAAAUAUCUCCCCAACGAGUUAAGAUUGCUUCAGUGGUCAAAAUAUGAUUUUCCCUUGCCAUUAAAAUUUUGCCCUCACAAUCUUGUUGUGCUAAAUAUGCCGAAUAGUCGGAUUAGAUGGGAGAAAGUAUUAAAACAGGGCCGCGCAUUUGAAGCGUUGAAAAAUGUCAAUCUCGAUGGGUGUAAAUUCAUUACAAAAUUACCCUCCUUAUUAUGCGCCCCAAACUUAAAGAAUUUGGACAUGCGUGGCUGUGUAAAUUUAAUAGAGGUUCAUGAGUCGUUUGGAUAUCUUGAUAAGCUUGAAAGGUGGGACCUCACAAACUGCCGAAACCUUAAGAUUCUUCCAAGCCUCCUCGUGCUAAGAUCCCUUAAAUAUUUUCGGCUAACGUACUGCAGAAGGCUUGAGAAGUUUCCUGCUAUUUGUGCCCCAAACUUAGAGAUAUUGGCCAUUUCUCAUUGUAAAAACUUAAUAGAGGUUCAUGAGUCAGUUGGAGAUCUUGAUAAGCUUAAAUCGUGGUACCUCGAAAGCUGCAUAAAACUUGAGAUUCUUCCAAGCCGCCUCCAGCUGAGAUCCCUUGAAAUCUUGGAUCUAAAAAACUGCGGAAGGCUUGAGAAGUUUCCUGAUAUUCACCCAGAAAUGAAAUAUUUGCAGAAUUUAUAUAUGACUAAUACUGUUAUUAGAGAAUGGCCUUCCUCGUUCACGCAUCUCACCAAAGGGCUUUUCGAGUUAGUGCUAUAUAACAAUGAAAACCUUUGGAAUAUUCUGCAUAGCCGCAAUAAAUUGCAACUGCUCGAGGAAAUAGAUAUUCCCACUGCCAAUUCCUUUGAUGGCUUUCUGAGCUUGGAAAGUCUGUGGCUCGACUCUUGGGAUGGAGUUAUAACUGAAUUAGAUUUUCAAUACUUCCCCCUAUUGAGCCAUCUUUAUAUAUUAGAUUCCAAUUUUAUUAGUAUUCCCCAAAGCAUUAGCGGAUUAGCUAGAUUACAAUAUAUUAGUAUAAAAAAUUGUAAGCAGCUUCGGGAAAUUCCAAUGCUUCCACAAUCUGUAAAAGAAGCGCAUGUAAGGAAAUGCCCGUCGUUGGAUCCACAAUCAUCAAGCAGAUUAUUAAUUCAGGUUGGAGAAGUUUUAGGGAUUUUUCCAAAUUACCAAGUUUGGAGAGUCCAUGAAGGUGCAAGAAGCAACAUAUCAAUGGAUCCCUUUCAUGACUCUGAAUCUGAAUCUGAAUCUAAACAUGAUUAUGAAGUUGUGUACUAUCUUACACUACCAGUAACAGAGAUUCCAAAGAGAGGAACGUAUGCCCAACAUUUGUGAUGUUCGCAUGUACAUCAAUGGGUGUAAACAAGUAAAUUCAAAUUUCUAUAAAGAUUGGACAGAAGAGGAACUGUGGUUAUUGUCUAUAUCCUUUGAGAAAUCGAAUAAACGAAAUCUAUCUGAACAGAAUCACAUUGAAGUUGAGGUUAUACAAAGAUCUUAUGACUUAACUGGAAAACACACUGAUUUGAUAAAAUGGUUGGGGGUCAAUGUAGAAUGCACCUGCUAUCCUCAGAAUUCAGAUGUUACUUGCUUGCCGCUUCCGUGUGCUAUGAAUGGUUGUGGGUCUUCCUCGAUUCCGAAUGACACUGAGCUCCCGCCUUUGCUACCUGUUUCCUCCACUUCUUAUGCUUCAGAUUCAGAUCACAGGGUUCUUAACAAUGGAAGAAACUUAUCCAAAAAAAAAAAAAAAACAAUGGAAGAAAUUACAUACUUGCUGGAACAGGACUCCAAAAGCGAAGAAGAAUUUGUCUCUGACGGCAAAGCCCAUCAGAGGGCGGAGCUCUAACCCUUGGAGAUGGAGCUCUUCUCUUAUUCAAUCUCUUCUUCAUUUUCCAAACACCACAUAAUUAUGAUGUUAGAGAAUAUCCUCGUAGACACGGUAGACCAUUCUUUGGUUGUUUGGCCUCGUUGGAGCAUAAUCAUGUGCCAAGUAAGCUUACCUUCAAUGUUUUGAAACAGCUCAAGACCUCUGUUGUUGACAAUUGGGAGUAAAUAUGGACCAGAUUUCCUGAAGUGAAGUGGAUCUACCUUGCAAGUAGGAAUCAUCACUUGUACGUUGAGUUUGAGUAUCCUUUCCCAAAGAGGCUUUGGGAGAAAGUCAAGUCAUGGUGUCUAACAAAUUACCAGGUCAACUUCAUCACUUAAGAAGGAGACAUGUUGCAUUGUACAGUGAAAAAAUGUGGAGCAGCUAUUACAAUGGACUAUACCUAUGUUCAGGUCAUCAAGAUAUUACACUUCUACAUCUUAAAAGCAUUUUCCCACAACUUAAAGUUUCUUGGUAGUAUAGCACAUGAACAUAAGUUCAAGGUACCAAGAGAAAAAGUGCAACUAAAGGAACCGAUUUUAGCAGUUCAAGAGUUUCUUUGCUGAUUUGUAGAUGUAUGGUGGAUUGGUGGUUUAGAUCUUUUAGGCUCAUCUCAAUUCUAAUACAAAAAAUUUCACUUCAGAUUUCUUUGGUAAUCCUAUCCAUGACCUUCAUUUGGCAUCCUGAUGACAAGAGUAAUGUUUGCAUGGUGGUGUUGGUUGAUCUAUUUUGAGAGAUUAUAAUGUUUUUUUUUUUUCCAUUUCUUCAAUUUUUGGACUUUUCCCUCCCACUUGCAUGAAAGGAAGUAAGUUGAAGGCUCUUUGCUCAAAUUAUGAGAUAAUACCAAAUUAAGCAAAAUUUGAAUUGUUUA